CCUUGAUGGCAAAUCUACGCUCCAAUUUGCACGCUGCAAUACCAGCUCCGUUGACGGACGACGUAGUCCUAUCUUGCGAAGAUUGACUGCGAGUAUGCCACCCAAAGACCGAUGCGCCUUUGCUCUAUAUCCGCAUUCAAGUCGGAAAGGCAACUUGCAGUGCCUUGAUUGAUUGCGGAGCAUCUCGCAAUUUCACGAGCCAAGCUUUUAUGGCCCGCGCGUUCGAAGGAAGACACAACCUAUGCAAGUUACACUCGACCGAUGCAUUGACAGCGUCCCGGUAUACUUUGCGCGCCUUGCAUGCAAGCCGGUGUCUUUCGACAUCCUCGACACCAAGUUUGACAUGAUUCUAGGCAUGCCUUGGUUGCGUAGCGCCGAUCAUCCGGUGAACUUUCAUGACCGAACCGUUCACGUCCAUGAUCGGAACGGAGUGUCACUCCCAUGUACGGUCGCGACCCCUCACACUUCGAUUGUUUGUCACGUGGUUUCCGUUGCAAGGAUUCGCGACGCCAUAGCUCGGAAUGACGUCGAGGAGAUGGGCCUUGUUUUCUUACAUGCCCUCCCCUCGCAGGACGGACCAGCCGCGUCACCGCCGGACCCACGUAUUACCCACCUCUUAGAUGGAUAUGGAGACAUUUUCGAGGCGCCCACCGGAACGGUUCCGGAUCGGCCCAUACGUCACGGGAUUACUCUCGAGGCGGGCGCCGUCCCUCCGCGUGGAUGCAUUUACCGCAUGAGCGAAGAGGAACUCGAGGUGCUUCGYGCACAACUCGAUGACMUUCUYGACAAGGGCUGGAUUCGCCCUAGUUGUUCGCCAUACGGUGCACCAGUUCUCUUCGUCCGGAAGAAGAACAAGGACCUACGGUUGUGCAUUGACUAUCGAAAACUUAACGCACAAACCGUUAAGAACGUCGGCCCGCUCCCUCGGAUUGAUGAUCUCCUCGAACGGUUGGGCGGCGCGUCGUACUUCUUGAAGUUGGACUUGAAGUCGGAUUACCACCAGAUUGAAAUCCAGCCUCAAGGUCGCUACAAGACCGCCUUCAAAACGCGGUAUGGGCAUUUUGAGUGGGUCGUGAUGCCAUUUGGACUCACCAAUGCCCCAACAACCUUCCAAACAGCCAUGACAAUGGAGUUUCGAGACUUGCUCGAUCGUUCUGUCCUCAUCUACCUCAACGACAUCUUAGUCUAUAGCAGGACGCUUGAUGAGCACCUCGUACACCUCCAUGUGGUGUUGGAUCGUUUGCGAGCAGCCAAGUACAAGGCAAACCGCGACAAGUGCGAAUUCGCCAAGCAAGAGCUCGAGUACUUGGCCAUUAUACAGAUGGACAGUCGGAACAAGCGCAUCAAACCCGCUCAAAUGAUGUUACGUACACUCAUCCGUCCCGACCAGAAAGAUUGGGUUGACCGGCUUCCCAACAUCGAGUUCACCUAUAACACUUCGGUGCACCAGGCGAUCUGCAUCACUCCAUUCGAGUUGCAUCACGAUGGAGAGAAAGCCCGAGUCUUUGCCGAUCUUCUUCUACCACGAGCCGCCGACAUAGACGUCGCUUGCUCUCCCGCUUCCGUUCGGAAGUAUCGAGACUUGUUGAUCAAAGCCCGUGCAAACAUGCAAAAGGCUCAAGUCCGCAUGCAGCAGCAAGCUAAUCGACGUCGACUCCCAUGUCCUUUCCGCGAGGGAGACCUUGUUUGGGUCCUCGCUGAGGAAUUCGCGCUCGAGCAGGACGUCUCGCUCAAACUCCUCCCGAAAUGGUUUGGACCAUGGAAGGUAACUUCUACAGCAGGCGACGACCCUGCAGGUCCUUCCUUUGUGAUUGCCAUCCCCCCACACCACCGUGUGCACCCGGUCUUCCAUGCGUCGAAGCUGGCCAUCUACACGCCACCUUCCGAGGAUGAGUUCCCGUGCCGACGAUCACAAGAUCCGCCCUCUACGGACGGACACCAGGAAGUUGACCGCGUCAUCAGGCACCGCAAGUUUGGCAACAAGCCAAUGCAGUACCAAGUCACUUUCAAGCAAUGUGACCCUGAUGACACUCGUUGGAUCUCCCACGCAGACUUACAGGCAUCUGCACCACUCAUCUUCUCCGACUAUGAGAACCGGAGACUUGCGAAGGACAAAGUUCGUCCCUCCCAACCCACCCUGGUAUCGGACAGACAACUUCGCCCUCGAUUGUCGUGCUGUCCGACGAAGAUACACAGCAAUAUACUCAUCAAUACCAACAGCCAGUGCUUCAAGUAUACCCCCCACUACCCCAUUCAGCCGAUAUUUAGAGCCCUCAUAGAAUUGGCAACGGAGGUUCGCAUCCGGAAUCAGAUCAUAGUUGGCGGAAACAACAUGGCCGUCAACCAGAUCGGUGCAGUUAGAAGGCCCGACGACAAGGAUAAUCAGCAGCACCAGAUCGGUGCAGUUAGAAGGCCCGACGACAAGGAUAAUCAGAUCGGGUUGACGGCCAUGUUGUCAGAGCCCGACGNAAACAACAUGGCCGUCAACCAGAUCGGUGCAGUUAGAAGGCCCGACGACAAGGAUAAUCAGAUCGGGUUGACGGCCAUGUUGUCAGAGCCCGACGACAAGGAUCGGUGCAGUUAGAAGGCCCGAAGUGACAUAUUGUAUAUAUUAAACAACAUGGCCGUCAACCAGAUCGGUGCAGUUAGAAGGCCCGAAGUGACAUAUUGUAUAUAUAAAUUGUCACAAAGUUAUCAGAGCGCAAAAGCGAAAAAAAACAAAAGGCAACAAAAAAG